UGAAUUAAGGCAUUGUUGUUCCCUUUAAUUCAUUGGCUGCCACUGACAACGAUAGACGUCCUAUUCAUUUUAACUGGCUUUAAAUUCUGAUGUUUCAUUGCCAAUGAUGGUGUUAGACAUCUAAUCCAUUUUAAAAAGUAUGGCUGGCAGCCAAUGAUCAAAAGAGAUUGGACGUCUAGUGCAGUCAAUGGCAGCCAAUAAGGCAAAUCAUUGCUGUGAUGCACAUUAUACACAUACACCUGUAGCCUUAGCCUAUCUGGCUAAUUGAAUAUGCAGCUGUUUGCUUUUUGUUGGGUUAUCAAAAUUUUAAGCACGUUUUAAUGCCGCACGUGGAGCAUAUUUCAGACUCGGUCUUUGUCACUUUUCUUAGUUUUAGGGUUUCAUUAAAUAUGACGUAGUGAUAAUAUUUCCAUCUGCCUCGAGGUUUUUGUUUAUGUGCGUUUAAUGGCUACAUGAGAAUCUGAUGAGCCCUAUUGUCAGGCUUUCUUUUUACAGCAAAGCGAGGGAGAGGGAGGUAGAGCGAGGGAGAGAAAGAGAGAAAGAGAGAGAGAGAGAGGAGAGUUGGUUGGGUAAAGGGACAGGACAAUUAAAAAGAUUGACAGGUAGCCUCCUCUGUCAGGGGUGACGCUUGUGGAGAAUGGGAGGAGUAAAAAUGUAGCAGGAAAAGCCACUCGAUGCGUCUGUCUAUCAGUUGAGACGGUCUGAAACAGCUUCUGGAUCCGCCGUGUUUCAGUUUUUACUUUUUAGGAGGGGAAAAGAGCUCAGAUCUGUCGCCGGAGUUGCCCCCCUCCCUCGUUUGUCCCCCUCCCGUUCUUUUAAGAGACAAACGUGUUAGUAGUCCAUGUCGAUCAGAUGUGUUGUUGGCGAAAGCUUUGGAUGCGUCUUGUUCCAAGUGAUUCCUUCCUUCUCGCUGCAUCAAAGAGCCUCCCCCAAAAUGCGACUAUGUCCUCGAGAUGCAACGAGAUGAUCGUUUUCGCCACUCCUUGAGUAUAGGGUUUUGCCUUAAAAAGAAACUGAGGGGGCUGGUUUCUUAUCAAGAAGUGUGCGUGGCGUUCACGCUGGACUUAUUUGUUUUGUUUAUUUAUUGUUUUACUUUUACCGUAUGUAAAAAAAAAAAGUACAGCAAACUACCGCUCCGUUCAAAGAGCGUUGAAGAUUUGGAUUUUUUUUCUAAAUCACAAACUUUGGCUCUCGAGAUUUUUGCUCCUAUUUCCGACCUGGCCACGAGGGAGAUGAAGGAAGAUGAUAUUUGAUGGACAUGAAGGUCUCCCGAGCUGCGCCAAUCCGUUCGUAAUUUUUGAGCUCCACGUCGCUGGAGCUGAUCCAGCUAUUACGUCUAAAAAUAUCUGCCAGUGUGAAAUAGAAGACUGACAUUUUCAGCUCCGAGAUCAAAAGGCUCUCCCACCAAAAAGGGAUGAUUCUUCACCACUGACAGUCUUGAGUUCUUUGUAAUUCCUGCAUGAGAGACACUGUGGAGGCUGACGGUCACUAUGCCGAGGAGAAAGCAGCAAGAGCCGCGCCGAUCAGCAGCGUACAUGCCCGAAGAUGAACUUAAGGCGCCCACUCAAGAGGAGGAAGAGCACCUCCAGGAUGACGGACUCUCAUUAGACGGCCAGGACACAGAGUUUCUGUGCAAUGAGGAAGAGGAAGAUGUAGAAGGAGGCCAACCACCUAGUUACAGAGAUUCUCCUCUCAGCAAUGGCACCAAUCCUGAUGCUGGGUAUGGCUCACCACUUAGUGACGCCAGUGACCGACUUACAGACUUAAAAAGCACCCCCUCUCGAGAUGGUCACGAGAAGGAAGGUACAACCUUACCUUUCUCACCCACCAAUGGCCUAUCUUUCCAAGAUAGUUUGGCUCAGAUGAAAGCCGUCUAUGCAAACCUCAUUUCAGAUGCCUCUUGGUCCAGCAUUACAAUGGAUAUCAUGAAAGCCAAGUCUGCUUCAGCUGGCAGUGUCAACAGUACCCUCAUAACUUCAGAAGCUGCCUCUUCCACGCCAGUUCCUACAGCAACAACAACCACAAACAAGAGCAACGGGGUCAGCAUAAUCACUAGUCAUCACAAUGGCAAGGGCGCAAGCACCACUGUCAGUCACGCAGGCACCACAACUGUUAACACGAACGGCACAGCAGCUAACUCUGCUAACAUCCAGAAUGCAACAAGCAGCAGUGGGAACAACAGUGGAGGGACUAAUAACGGCAGUGGUGUCGCGUAUGACUGGCACCAGGCAGCACUUGCAAAGACUCUUCAGCAGACCCCCUACCAUCUAUUACCAGAGCCUAGCCUUUUCAGCACAGUGCAGCUCUACCGUCAAAACAAUAAACUGUAUGGCUCUGUCUUCACUGGUGCAAGCAAAUUCCGCUGUAAAGAUUGCAGCGCUGCCUAUGACACCCUAGUUGGUUUGACAGUCCACAUGAAUGAGACUGGCCACUAUAGAGAUGACAACAAGGACAAAGAGGAGGAUCAGGGAAAGCGCUGGUCAAAGCCCCGCAAGCGCUCUCUGAUGGAGAUGGAAGGCAAAGAGGAUGCUCAGAAGGUGCUGAAGUGCAUGUACUGUGGCCACUCAUUCGAAUCUCUGCAGGAUCUCAGCGUUCAUAUGAUCAAGACCAAGCAUUACCAGAAAGUGCCUCUCAAAGAACCUGUGCCAGCCUUGGCCACCAAACUUGUACCCACGUCAACUAAAAAACGAGCAAUGCAAGAUACUGUUAUUUCCCCUUGCUCCCCAGAGUCUGUCCAUCCUGGUGGUGGGGGAAGCAAUUUAUCACUUGCUGAUAUUAGCAAAGAUCCAAAAGCAGCAGCUAAUCCCUAUGUAACAGCUAACAACCGAUAUGGCUACCAGAAUGGUGCCAGCUAUACAUGGCAGUUUGAAGCACGGAAAGCUCAGAUCCUGAAAUGCAUGGAGUGUGGUAGCUCGCAUGAUACUCUUCAACAGCUUACUGCACACAUGAUGGUCACAGGUCACUUUUUGAAGGUCACAAAUUCUGCAUCUAAGAAAGGAAAACAACUUGUAUUUGAUCCUGUGGUUGAAGAGAAGAUUCAGUCCAUUCCACUCCCACCUACUACCACCCGACUUCCAGUUCCUGGUAGUAUUAAGUCUCAGCCUGUGUCCCCUGCCCUCUCUUCGGGCUCAGAGGAAAAGAGGGAAGUGAGUGAGGAUGAGAAAGUUGAAAGUGGAGAGCCAUUGGAGAAAAAAAUCAAGGAGGAGAGAGAUGAUGUGGGUGAGAAAGUUGAGACUGACACCACGUCAUAUAAAUAUCUUAGAGAAGAAGAUCUGGAGGAAACUCCUAAAGAAGGCCUAGAUAUUCUUAAAUCCCUCGAAAACACAGUGUCAAGCGCCAUUAGCAAAGCUCAGACAGGCACUCCCACAUGGGGUGGAUAUCCAAGCAUCCAUGCAGCUUAUCAACUGCAAGGUGCUAUCAAGAACUCGACUACUGUUCUGCCCCCUACCAUCCAAAGUGUCCAGAUGCAACCGUUGUUUAACAAUGGGCUUCGAGGGCUUGUGAGUGACCCAAGUUCAGUCAUCCACUCGCCUCGGAGCCCAUCUUCUCCAACUCCGCUCAGGAGCAAUGUCACGGCCAUGGAGGAGCUGGUAGAGAAAGUGACAGGCAAAUCUACCACUGUGAAGAAAGAAAAAGAGGAGAAAAUGGUGACCGCGGAGCGAGCCCGACCACCAUCGUUGGUGAAGUCCCCCUCUCCUGCACUGAGAGAGCAGAGAGAGCAACUGGCCUCUCCAAAUGGUCUCAUUGUAGGUAAGCCAUCUGGUAUGAGAAGCACCAGCCCAGGCAGUGAAGAGUCUGACCUUAUCUGCAAGAAGGAGCCUAAAGAAAGUCUUGUGGAUGUCUAUAACAAUUCAAAAAAUUGUCCAGAAGUGUGCCAAUCGCCGAUGACCAACGGCAAUAGUCUCGGGAUCAUUACUGAUCACUCAGCAGAAACUCCUUUUAUCAACCCUCUCAGUGCACUCCAGUCAAUCAUGAACACACACCUGGGUAAGGCCUCCAAACCAGUAAGCCCAGCUGCAGACCCUUUGUCCAUGCUUUACAAAAUCAGUAACAGCAUGAUUGAUAAGCCAGUCUUCAACCCAGCACCUCAGGGCAAAAACGCUGAGCCCAUCAACCACUUUCCUCCAUAUGAAAAUAAUGAUCAACCCAUUGACCUGAGUAAAAACAAGUCUAUCACUAACAAUAACGCUAACACAAACAACAACAGCAGCAGUAAUGUUGUUCACAACAUUGUAAAUGGCAACAAACCUAUUAUCACCAUGCCUGAGACGGUCUCCUCCCCCCUGAGAGAAAAUGCCCUUAUGGACAUCUCCGAUAUGGUAAAGAACCUCACCGGAAGACUGACUCCCAAAUCGUCAACGCCUUCAUCUAUCUCAGAGAAAUCAGAUGCUGAUGGCAGUGCAUUUGAAGAUGCUCUUGAGGAUCUGUCGCCAGUGCAAAAGAGAAAAGGAAGGCAAUCUAACUGGAAUCCUCAGCACCUUCUCAUCCUGCAGGCACAGUUUGCCUCCAGCUUGCGGGAGACCAAAGAAGGGCGCUACGCUAUGACUGACCUGGGUCCUCAGGAAAGGGUCCAUAUCUGUAAGUUCACAGGCCUCUCCAUGACAACCAUAUCCCACUGGCUAGCAAAUGUCAAGUAUCAGCUGAGACGAACUGGUGGCACUAAGUUUCUCAAAAAUAUGGAUUCGUGCCAGCCUGUGUUCCUCUGUGGCGACUGUGCUUCCCAGUUCAGGACUCCCACUUCCUAUAUUAGCCACCUGGAGUCUCACCUGGGAUUCAGCUUGAAGGACCUGUCCAAACUGUCAGCUGAACACCUACGGGAGCAGCAGGCUGCCUCAAAGGUGAUCACGGACAAAAUGACAUUCAGCAAUUCCUUGUCGGCCUUGACUACGCCAGAGGACGACAUUGGCUCUGUAUACCAGUGCAGACUUUGCAAUCGGACAUUUGUCAGCAAACACGCAGUGAAGUUGCACCUCAGUAAAACCCAUGGCAAGUCUCCCGAGGACCACCUGGUGUUUGUUACAGCUUUGGAAAAAUUAGAGAAACUGGACAAAAUAGAGUCAGUUUAAGAAGGGCAUCAAGGAGAAGAGACACUGACAGUUAUAGAACUGACUAGAAUUUCAUUGCACUACAACAUUGUUCACAGUUACUGCACUGGGCCAAACUGAGCCAACAGAGAAAAAAAAGUCUUAUUUUCUGUUGUGAGGAAUGCCUGACUGGACCAUGUUGAUUUGUUUUUGUUUUUUGGCAAAGUUUUUUUUCUUUGUUUUUUACACUCAUUUCGUAAAAUAUUUAUAUGCUAUUUGUCUGAUCUGUGCAUGUAUUUUAGUGAAUCAAGGUUAUACAAAUGAUUUUAAUGUUCUCAUGGCAAAAAACAACUGCUGUGUCGAUGAUAAAAGUAAAAAUGCAUUGGAAUAAAUAUGUACUAUACUUGAUAUGAAGAAAAAAAAUUAAAUGUAUAAACCAAAAAUAAUUAAAGAUACCCCGAAAGACUGAAGUAGCACCUUAGACAUUUCGAUUUUGCUUUGUAAAAAUAAUAAUUUUUGGUUCUUCUUAUUGAAAUGUUUUGACGAAUGGCCUGCUUGUUGUAUUAAAAUAUUAUAUGAACAUUUGGAACAACUGAAAUGCUGCUUCCAGUGAGUCAUUAGUGGCCAUUGUAUGCAAUUUUGCUCUUUAAAAAAAACAACAUUAAAAAAAAAAAAAAACUUUCCUUGUUGUGAAGUAUCACCUAUUGUCAAAUUCAAUUACAAUGAUUGUUUUUUUUCUUCUCAAUUUUCCUCUUUUUACCGGUAUUGCUUUCAGCUGUAAAGAAAACAGUUGUAAUGAUUACCAGUGAAAUGUCAGUACUCCCAUUAGACAUGUCUCUUUAUUUGAAAUGACUCUGCAGUCUUUGUAUUUUAAGGUCUGUGCAUUCUCUAACUUUUAUAUCGUCAUUUUAUAUACUAAAAUGAUAAAAAAAAAACACACACACACACACAAAAACAGAUGUGUAUAUAGAUAUAUGCUGUAGAGUUACAAAGUGUCUUUUUUAAAGAACAUACAAAUUCAGCUUCUUUGGCUUGGUUUACAGAAAUAAUUUUAAUUCUACUUGCAUCCGAUUUGAUGCAUGAAAUGGUGUGGAAAAUAAAUAAGCGAUGCACAAUGACUAUACAUUUCAAUGUUUUAUCAACAAUAUUGUAAAAACGACAAAAACGUUUUUAGCGCUGGUUAGAUUGUUUUGUUUCUUUCUCAAUUGUAAAAUAAACCCCAAAGCAGUUGUUAACAGUCAUACAUUUGUGGUUGUGUAUUCAUUUGUCAUAUUGAUGCAUUAAGUUCCAUAUGUAUAUUAAAAUGCUUUGUAGCAUCUUCUGUGCUUCACAUUAAAGCAAUCACAGCAAAAUCCAGUCUAGACCAGUGUAGUACAUUUUUUUCAUCCCCUUUUUAUGCAGUUUAAUUCUUUCCGUGCUCUUUUCGUUAUGCAACACAUUUUUUUUUUCUUGUCAAUUCUUAAGAGAAACUGAACUGAGAAGAGAAACCAAACUGACAACAGAGUUGCAGCAUACCCCCAUUGAUAAUAAUAAUGAUCAAGAUGUCAGGAAUGAUAAGCCAGUAAGACUACCAAUUGUGUUGCAGGAACUCAUGCUUGGCUUGUGACUGGCCUUUGGAGGGCCUAUUCUUAAGGGCUAGUGUUAUAUUUAUUAAUGACAGUAGUGUGCUUUAUCCUGGGAAACUAAAAAAUGAGUGUUUGUGUUGUUUCAGUUCAUCUCUUGACUGGUGACACGUAACCGACCAAAAACAACAUUUUUCUUUGCUUUUUUUUUUGUGAUACAGAGAAAUCACUGUGUUUGUAUCUAUUUUGCUCCGCUCUCUUAAAUGUAGAUUCAUGACAUGACAGGCAUACACUUAUUAAAGUGCAUCACAUGCCAAUAACUGAGAGCCGUGCCUAAUAAACUUAAGGCAUUAUUUAAUA